CCUAACUCCCCCACUUCCCCGUUUCCCCCUUAUAAUCCUCCCACCAUCACUACCACCAUCUCUCUCUCUCCCCCUCCCUCUCUAGGCCUCACCCAUAUUUGCGUUCUUGCAAGAGAGAGGGGGAGUGGAGAGCAGAGACGAGGGAGCGAAGGAAGAACAGCUCUCUCUCUCUCUCUCUCUCUCUCUCUCUCUCUCUCUCUCUCUCUCUCUCUCUCCAAUUCACUCACAUACCCGCAUCGACACGCUUGUUGAACUGAAUUUGGCAAGAGGAUGAUGUGGUCUCAUGAGCCGGCAACCGAGCAGAAGGCCUCGCUGACUCGGCGGAUGAGCUCCGUCGCCAGGCUGACGACGGCCUCCUCGUCCUUGGCCAACCUCCUCUCCGUCUUCCUCGGAGCCAGCUCCCCGGAGCCCAGCAGGCCGAGGCGGAGCUUCGACGCCGGCGGCGGGGUCGGGCUCGGCAUCGUUGCAGACAUGAGCCGAGCCUGCCUGACCGGGGCCGAGCCGAUCGCCAUCGGCCCCGCGGCCAGGCGCCGCGCGCGCGAGGAGGACGAGUUCUCCGAGAGCUACACUUGCGUCAUCACGCACGUGGCCGGCGCUGGCGGCGGCAGCGUCCGCAAGCGGGUGUACCGCGGGUUCGGCGGCGGCGGCGGCUGGCUUGUGGAAGCCGAUGAUGAGGUGCCCGCCCAGGCGGCCGACUUCCUGAGCCGCUGCUGCCUGUGUGACAAGAGGCUUGAUGGGCUCGACAUCUACAUGUACAGGUCUUUUAUCCUGCUGGUGUGGCACACUUUGAAAAGCUCAACUGCAUCAAGUUCUUCAGCUGGAGCAUCUUCGUGGUCUUCAUGGGGACCAUCACCUGCCUCUUCAGCUUGCUGGGCACAUGCUGCAGCCCUUUUCUUCUCUUCCUGUUCGGCAUCAAAUGCACAUAUCAUAUUAAUUUUGGCAGAUAGGCAGUUGCGGACAAAAAAGAAAGGGAAAGUAUAAAGUAGUGAGCACUUACAUAAUCAUACAACUGCGCAACAUAGCUGCGUUAUCCUGUAGUUUGGGGGUGCUUGACUUUGAGACGGUUCUGCUUGUUCUUCUCAGCAUUUUGCUACAAGAGAUGCAUGUGUUAGAUGGUGUCACCAACAAGAGAUGUUAGAUUCUGUGUUAAGGCAGCACAUACCAAAUUUUUUGGACUUGACCAGUUGGCAACCAGUGCAGCCCAUUGUUCGUCACUGAUAGAAGGGUGAGGUGAAGUGGUUGGAAUCUGAUCAAUAGAAUGACCUGUGAAGUAGGUUUGCUUCAACCUAUAUCGCAGCUGCCUAAUGCCAGAUUGAAACACACUAGAACAAGCAUCCGUUGUCGCCUUGUCAGUGGUGUUAAUGGCUAGACUUCCCUGAAAAUUAAUUGUUUGAAUAAUUAUGUAGUGCAGCAAAAAACAUUUUUACAGAUAGAAGUAACAUGUACACAGUAAGAAAGUCACUUACAGCUAACUUCCCCCACAAAGUUCUCAAAAACAGGAGCAUUUUCUUCUUUUUUGUAAUCUUUCCAGUGGGUGAAGAUAGGAACAUGAUCCCUUACAAUAACACCAGCCUCCGAAGCAAAUUUGGCAGCUUGGACUAGUUGAUGGGGCCUUUUCUUUCCCUCAGCAAUAGAUAUUGACAGCCUUUUUCCCAUUGCUCUUGUCAUCUUAUCAAGCAGUAUUCCCCUUGUUGGUGGCCUAGGAGUUCUCCGAGCUCUUUGGGAAGGUGCUGCAGCGAAGAAAAAUGUAAAAUGUUAGAAUUAUUUAGACAGUUAAGUAAAUUAUACAACAUAUAAAUUGAAAUGACACUUGCCUUGUAUAUCUUCAAACUCUUGGAGGUCAUCCCCUUCUGCACAUGUUCUGGAAAAGUCAUUGUAAGGGGAAAGUGGCCUGUCCACACCAUCAUCAGCAUCACCUUCUGAAACAACAUGCCUUUCUUCUUGUUCUUGAUGAGUUGCAGCUAUUGUUUGCUGUCUUUUUGAUGACCUUGUUGUGACUCCUUCAGGUCUCUCAUUUGGAGCACUCAGUCUAACCCUCUUAGCUUGUUUUGCUCCUCCAGGCGACAUAUCUUCUUUAGAACGCCUCAGACGUCUAGUACAGAUCUUUCGCCUAAGCUUUUUAGGAGCCUAGAGUAGGAGGGUGAAACAAAGAUGUCGUAAGCAUGUGAAUGAAUUAGCAAAAUAUGUACAGCAAGCAUCUACCAAAAAAUGUUCUUCCCCGGCACUAGGUAAGAUAGAAGAUGCACCUCAAUCAUUAGUGAUUGUUGCUCCUCUUCAUCUAAAGAUGAAUACUCAAUGUCGGCCCCCUGAACCCCUUCUCUCUAGGGAGAUACUCCGGAUCACUUUCAUCAAGUUUACCCCUUUUCCCUGCCCUUAUUUCCCUUGCGGUUGCAGAUGCAGAUGCAGUUGGACAUAAUUUUAGAGACGAUGCUAAGUCCUUGACACCAAGUUCCUCAAAUCUUCUUCUAAUCUCCAAUAAACAGGACUCCCUCUACCUCUCAUAAGCAGUGUUUGAAGUUUCUUACAUGUAAUAUAUAUGUUAGCAUGUUACAUAAAUGGGGACCUUAAUCAUACUUGUGUCAUUCUAAUAACAUAAGUACAUGGCAUUGCAGUAUCUAUUUAAUGACAAUGUAUAAUGAACUACAAACUAUGCAAUUACUGAUCAGGAACAAUAAUGCUAAGAAAUUACACACUGGUGACAUACAACAAUUGAUACAGCAUGAAUAAAAGUUAAUAUACAAUCACAGUAAUUGAUACAGCAUGAUACAGAAAUAAAACAAGAAAUUACAGAACUCAGAAUGAGUAAAAGUUAAUAUAUAUUCUGCAUAGCAAUUGAUACAUGGUUACUGCUCACAAAUACUAAUGGCUAUAGCAAUUGAUACAUUCUGUACAGGAAUUGAUUCAUGGCAACAACACAAACGAUGGUAGCUUAUCUAGGCAAAAUAUUGCUCACAAAUACCAAUAGAAUAAUCCUGAGUACACAGAAAGUUUCAAGUUGAAUCAUGGUUACUGCUAUGUACACAAAUUCCAAACUACUAGGAACAAGCACAUGAUACAUCACAGCAGGAACAAGCACAUGAUACAGAGCAACACAUUAAACCCUAAAGGCCAGCACCACCAGGAUACCCUAAGAACUACCAUGAUUUGACGUACUUGGUACUUCACGACGUCUGUUUUUGCUCAUCCUCAGCCGCUGGCGAAGUUCGGGUCCCGAGCGCGACAGCGAUGUAGCAGAUCAGUGUCCAGGGAGCGAUGGCGAGGAGGUAGCAGAUUCGGGUCCCAAAAGGCGACGGUGAGGUAGCAGAUCGAAGUCCUAGGUGCAACAGUGAGGCGGUAGUAGAUCCGGGUCUCGGAGGCGAUGGCGUGGCAGCAGAUCCGUGUCCCAGAGGCGACGGCGAGGCGGUAGCAGAUCCGUGUCCCAGAGGCAACGGCGAGGCGGUAGGAGAUCCGUGUCCCGGAGGCGGUAGCAGACCCGUGUCCCGGAGGCGACGUCGUGGCGGUAGCAGAUCCGUGUCCCGGAGGCGGCAGCGAGGCGGUAGCAGACCCGGCCGGGGCAUCGUCCUUCGUCGACGCGAGAACCCGGUAGAGCAGGAGGCUGCGGUGGCGGCGGCCGAGCGGGAGAGG